AUGAAUUCACGCUCUCGAUUGGGAUAUUAUUUACAAUUUUUAGCUGUUGAAGACGCAGAAAGCGCAUUUUACGAACUAAUAGAUCAAAUGUCAACGCAUGAUUUUGAUCCCACAAUAUCUAUGACAUUUAUUGCAACACUUUCGUUUAUUUUUCAAUUUUUGCCAAUUGAAUCUCGACUUAUAACGAUAUAUACAUCAUACAUCAAUUUCAAAAAGCAUUUCAUAUCUACUGAUAACAUAUUUUUACAAAAUUUUGUGAAAUUCUUAGCUGCAGGCGGAGGAAUUAUUCUUCCCUGCAAACCACAGAUAGUUGAUGGAUAUAUGACCUUACUACCUAAUAACCCUCAAUGUGCUAAGCUUAUUGGCUUUCUAAUUGCGUCAGAUUCUGCUUUAUUAUCCCCAUUUCUGUGGUCUCAUUUAAAUUCUCACAAAUUCGAGGAAAAAUUCAUCUCCAUGCUUGCAUCUGUCAUAUUCUCAUGCCCAUCGUUAGUUUGCGAUGAAACUUUCAAUAAUUUUCACGAAAAAGUCAUAAAAGAAUGCUUUAACAUCGUAAAAAACAAAGACAACAAGUUUUCAUUGAUAGAGGAAUCAUUAGUCGUCAUUGCUUAUUACAUUCGAAAUAAAAAAGCCGAACCAUUCGAUAUAUUACCGAUAUUUACAGAGCCAAACUUGAAUUCAUUAGCUGUUGAGUGUUGGGCGAACUACGCAAGCUACGGAGAUCUCUCCAAAAUACCAAAAUUCAGUUCAGAAUCGAUUCCAUCCGCAUCUUUUCUAAAUUUAAUAGUUGAAGCCAUAAAAAAUCCGAAAUUUACUUUACAAAGCAUUUCUGUGCCUCACUGGCUUUGGAAUGCUAUUAUUACAGAAUUUACUUCAAAUUUACCACUUUUGACGGGAGAAUACCAUCAUUCUAUUCUUUCUCUAACAAUAGAUGAGCUGAACUCUGUUUUUCAAAUGGUUCAGUACCUUCCUUCGUGGGUUUUUGUUCAAUGUGUAAAUUCAAGGAAUUCUAGUCCAGAUAUCAACAUAAGACUACUCAAAAUAAUAUCAGACAUACCUCUAUCUAUCGCAAUUGCUCAUAAAAUAGAGCUUUUCAAUUAUUUCAAAUUUGUCAACAAAUUGCCAAGGAUUUCUAAAGAAUUAAUCAACGCAAUUACGAGUAUAUUCAUUCCUGUGAAUGAAUUAACCCACAAAUUCAUCAAAACUAUUACAUAUAACAUAGAUUUUUUUAAUGAAACAAGUAUUUUAAAUGAUCUCCCAAUUUUAACAAAUUUCUUGAACUUUAAGGUACAUCCUGACUACAUAAUUCCUGUUUUUUACGCAAUUUACGAGAAUUUGGACUCAUAUUCUUUUAGUUUGUCAUUUUUACAGACAAUUAUGAUGUUUUUCGCUUCAAUCAUACCGUUCUUGAGUAACAACAUGGUUUCUUACAUCGGAUCCUUUGCUGUUGCUAUUUUAAGCAGUGGAUUUUAUCCAGAAUUAGAUCCAUCAUUUAAAUCGAAUCCUUCUAUUGAGAAAAUAUUCAGAUUAUCUGCGAAAUACAACACGGUUAUCUCUUCUGACCUUGUUUUCAAUCCAUUAUACAAAUUAGCUGAUUCUUUACCUCUUGUUGUUCCUGCUCUCAAAAUUAUCCAAAAAAUACCAACAAAUCUCAUAGAAAACAUCGCUUUUCUAUGGGAAAUUCUUCCGAAAUGUCUCCAAAUUUCGCCAAUUUUCACUUUGCAAAGUUUGCUAGCCCAUUUGAGUUAUCAUUUGAAUAACCAACUCUCUGGACCAAUACAGAAGUGUUGCGAUACAAUAAUAAAGAUUAUGAAGUUCACAAACGAAACUGCGAUCAAAAUUUUGGCAACAGCUUUCUUUGACCAGACAAUUCUCAUGCAUAGGACAUAUCCAGACAAUCUAAACAAGUUUUCGGAUGAUUUAAUCACUGAUGACCCGAGUACGACGAGAAUAAUUUUGAAAUACACCCCCAAAUUGAUGAAAUACGUUUUGGAUAAGGAGAAUCAGUUAUCAUUACUCUUCGAAAGCAACUGUCCUAAGAUUGGAGAAGAAAUUUUCCAAGAAAUUUCGGAAAAAUUGAAAACUAAUUUACCCUAUCGAAUUCAGAUCAGAUUUCGAGAAAUACUGAAGCAACAUAACAUGGAUGCUCCGGAAUAUACAGGAGAAGUCUGCUGGCUCAAAAGAUUUUUGGAAGGAUAUAAAUACCAAAAACCAAAAUCACCAGAUUACUCAAAAAUGACAACAGAUGAAGUCAUUAAUGCCGUUUCUUUGUUCGUCCCUGUUGAUAAAUCGAAAUCUCCGAAUAUUAUCAGACUAAAUUGCAUGAAACUGCUUCGAAAGAAUCCAAUGUUCUCAGUUCCCUACAAAAGAUUGAUUGCUCUUAGUGGAGACCUUGACGAAUGUAAUUUCUGGCUUCAAAAAGAAAAAUUCCUGAAAAACAUUCCAUUUGAGCCAGUCGGAUCCGAAAAGUCAGACAUAUUCCCUGUACUUAUGUCAAAGGAUCCAAUCGAUCCUUCUCCUGAAGAUUCAGAUUUCAUUUUAUUAUUGAAGUUGAGGUUAUUUAAAUCUCGCGAUGCUUUACCUUUAGUCAGCCAAUACAAUUCUCCAACAAUUAUGACCAAAUUCUUGAAAGUUCGGAUUGUUUUGCCGAUUGAAACGUUAAAUGAGCUUGUAAGUACGUCAAUAUUAAUGAGUUCGCGGAUAAAUCUGAUAACAUAUUUACAGUUCUAUCUCCAGAACUCUCCAAAUUUAACAGUUUUCGAUAAAUCGGCAUUUCAAUCAUUAUUAAGAAUUUCUCCAUCAAAUUCGUUUAUCUUCACCUCCACUUUCUUGUUUAUGGCUUCUAUUGCAACAAUGAAGAUAAAAGUCCCUGAUGAAGAAGAAUUAAUUGGAAAUUUUUUAGUAGAUGUCUUUAAGAACGCAAAAUGGUCAUCAGCAUAUUUAUAUGCAUUACUUCCUGCAAUUCGUAGUCUUUAUUCUGGUUUGCCACCGAAUAAUGUCGGAAGAAAAGAAGUUAAGAAGUUCUUUUCUGAAUUUCCACGAAGUUUAGUUGAUAAUACUUUGCUUGCUCCAAUAUAUGAUGAUUUUAUUUCUGUUUUGUAG